GAAAGCAGGGCUCCAUAUUAAACUGUUGUUUUGGGUGUGAAAGCUGCACCUUCCCCACAGUUUUACUUAAUUUUUGUCGUGAUAGAACUUUCUCCAUAUCCACUGUGUGACGGUAACAAUGAAGCUAGCGGACAUUAAGAAGCUAAAAGUAGCAGAACUCCGGUCCAGGCUUCAAGAAGCAGGUUUAGAUCACAGGGGACUGAAGACUGAGCUCGUAGGCAGGCUGUGGUCGUCGCUGGAUCACCGUCAAAGUGCAAACACAGAUGAAGAAGACGUUAAACGUCAAGACGACGGCACGACGUUUUUAACAGUUGUAACGGGUGAUCUACUGGGGCCGGCUUCUUCUUCCCCCGUCGAUCCUGCCGCCAUCGCCCUUGCAGACCAAACCACGAGAAAGUAUUCCGACUCCACAACACAAACCGAGAGUGAAGAAGGCUUGCAGAGUCCGUCUACCGACUCUGAGCGGCCGCCAGGUGGCCAGGAUGAGGACGGUCAAGCCGAGAGGAGCGAGCUGGAGCCACCACAGACAGACGACAGAGGUCGGGCUUUCUACGAGUUUAAAGAGGAGAUACGAUAUAAAAGAGCCAAGCCACCACAAGCGCCACCGGCGAGAGAGGAGACAGAGCAGGAAGAUGAAGACACAGUUAGACUAGAUUCAUAUCACAGUCACCUUCAUUUUGAGGUUGGACCAGACGGUGCCUGCGGUCAGCCACGAUUCUGGGACAGAUUCCCCCUGCUGUGGUCGGGCUGCAGGCUCACCCACGGGGUGUCGCAAGGCUCGGUGGGCUAUGAGGUGAGGCUGGAGAGGAUGUUGUUCAGCAACCACGCGGUGGACGGCCUGGAAAGCAGAGAGUCCUACGGGAUGCGAAUAGGCUGGUCCUUGGCCCACACAUCACUGCUGCUAGGUGAAGAGGCCUUUUCUUUUGCUUAUGAUGGACGAGCUAGAAAAGUGAGCGGUGGCGUGGAAGACAACUAUGGAGAGACGUUUUCCGAGGGAGACAUCGUUGGCUGUUAUGCUACUUUCUCCGCAAAUGGCAGCGUUCAGCUCUCAUUCCAUAAAAAUGGCCGUUUGAUGGGCGUGGCCUUUUCCCUUGAUGCAUCAGUGCUUCGAGGCCGCGCCCUGUACCCUCAUGUCCUCUGCAAGAACUGUGCUGUGCGCUUCUUGUUGGACCCCACAGCUCCUCCGUGGUACCGCAGCCCUCCUGGCUUCAUCCCACUGGCGGCGCUCCCUGCUGGGCUGAGGCUUCGCAACACACUGGGCCCAAACUCCAGAGCGCAGUGUGAGGUGGUGAUGAUGGUGGGUCUCCCUGCUUCCGGAAAGAGCCACUGGGCUAAAGCCCGCAUGCGCCAGCAUCCAGAGAAACACUACAAGCUGCUGGGCACGGAAGAGCUGCUGGCGUGCAUGAUGAGAGGAGCGAGGGAGCGCCAGAUGCAGCAGGCCGCUCAGUGUCUGACCCAAUUAAUCCAACGAGCCGCUCACACGCCAGGCAACUACAUCCUGGACCAGUGCAACAUCCUUUUCUCCGCACAGCGUUACAAGCUGCAGCUGUUCGCUGAUUUCAGGCAUCGCUCGGUGGUGGUGGUUUUUCCCUCAGCAGCCGAGUGGAAAAGACGCCUGUCAGAACAUCAGAAGGACGGGGAAAAGAUCCCCGAGAUCGCCCUGCUCAAACUCCAAGUCAGCUGCAGUCUUCCGGAGCAGCACAGCGACCUUUUGGACGAGCUGCAGUACGCCGAGCUGCCUCAGGAAGCGGCGGGGGCGCUGCUGCAGGAGUACAAAGACGAGGCUCGCCGGCUGCUGCCCCCUGUUCCCAAAGUAGAGAAGAAGAAGAAAUACCUGCAGAAGAAAAGACCCCACCCACAUGGGCCUCUGCCACCUCAUUGGAUCAGGGAGAGCAGCUUAGACGGGUGGAAUGACACAAUGCCUCACAUGCAGGCUUGGAACCCACAGCCCAGAUAUUGGAACACUGUUUAUUAUGACCAAGCCAUGUACUACAACAGUGGAUAUGAGGGCUACUGGUGAUGAUUGUAUCUAGGGGUGAUAUCUAGGGGCCGAUAUGAGGAAAUUAUGAUGUCAUACCGAUUAAAUCUGAUAAUAUUAAAAAUAUCUCCGAUAACAGGCAGGGCCGCGGCGUUUGAAAAGUGCAAAAAGAGACCUCCAUGGCGUCACACCGGCUGCUCAUAGCGUGUGCCCGAAUACGGUGCACUUUGCUGGGCCACAGCAGGUGGCUCCUCCACCUCUAUACUCUGGUUCUCCUGAUAGUAGUGAUGUGGUAGUAGUGAUGUCAUAUUUGAUUAGGACUAUCAAUCAAAUCCUAAUUUGCUCCAGUCCUUCUUACCUCCAGGUGUGCACAAACUACACAUUUGUAAAAAGUAGAUACAAGAACUGGCAAUGAUGGACUCACCAGUGUCUGUGGAUGUUCAUUCAGUUGUUUCAUUUUGGAGAAAAAAAAGCAGAUCACAGAAAUGACACAAAACUAAAGUCAUUUCAAAUGGCUACUUUCUGGCUUUAAGAAACACUAAAAGAAAAGAAAAUGUGGUCGCUAGUAACAGUUACAGUACUUGUUUAGUCUGAGCAGAAGGCAAAAAAAAUAUGGAAUCACUCAAUUCUGAGGAGAAAAUGAUGCAAUCACCCUGUCCAUUUUCAAUCCCAAAACAAACGCCUGCAUCAGAUAAGAUGUGCUGGUUAGUCUGCAGUUAAAAAGGAGUGGUCACACCUUGGAGAGCUGUCACGCUAGUGGACUGGCAUGAAUCACGGCUCCAGCACGACAGAUUUCACUUGAAACAAAGGAGAGGAUUAUCAGACUUGCAAAGAUGUUGGUUGUUCAGUCAGCUGUGUCUAAAACCUGGACCAAGAAGAAACAACAUGGAAAGGCUGUUAAAGGCAAGCCAACUGGUAGACCGAGGAAGACGUCAAAGCAUCAAGACAGAAAACUUGAAGCAAUAUGUCUUGAAAACAGAAAGUGCACAGCAAAACAAAUGGGAGGAAACAGGAGUCAACGUCUGUGACCAGACUGUAAGAAAGCCCCUGGAGGAAAUGGAAUUUACGUUCAGAAAAGCAAAACCAAAGCCAGCAUGAACACGGAAACAGAAAACACCCAGGUUACAAUGGGCACUAGUGGUGUGUUGAAGUCUUCUUUUCUUUAUUUUUCAUGAUUCCAUCAUUUUUUCCCUCUGCUCGGUCUAAAAAAGUAACCACCCUCGGUCACUCUCCGGCCACCCCACAAUUUUGACAUUUUGCGGAUCUGUGGUGCAGAACAUUAGUUCAGCCUAACCGCUGUUUCUGCUCGGACGCGUUUCACUGCAGCACACAACCUUCCGUGUGGAGGAGCUGUCAAUAAAAGCAUGAACUGCAAGCGGUGGAUAAGUUUUUCCCUGAAUGCUUUGCUCGGUUCCGGUCAAGUUUUCUCACUAUGUUGACUUUGACUUAAAUGCUGAAGCGUGAUUCAAAUUCAAAUGGUCUACAGCUAAAACAGGCGUGGCGAUCGGCACCCACUUCCAGGUUUGGCCACCAUGAUGGUGAGCAGAAUCCAGAAACUAUGCAUUGCAAGCAUGUCCUCGGCACACUGCGCAGCUAUUAAUUGCUCUAAUAGGCGCUUCAAAAGCGGUGGCGGAGCUACGGGGUGGCCAGUGGUGGCCGUGGCCGCCCCAAUGAAAAAUGUCUGGCUCCGCCACUGCUGACUACCAUCAUUUUUUUCUUAAAUUUCUUUUAGUGUUUCUUAAAGCCAGAGAGUUGCCAUCAAAAUGACUUUAGUUUUGCAUCAUGUCUGUGAUCUGCUUUUUCUCUACAGAAUGAAACAACUGAAUGAACAUCCAGAGAUUGGUGAUUCCCUUGUUUUUGACAGAGGUUGUAUUUUUUUUAAAAGUUACGGUAUCUGUUUGGUAAACAAAAACAAAAAGAUAUCGUGCAUCUCUAGUCGUAUCUAUGCAAUAAAAGUGUUCAAUCGGUGUUGACUUUUGACAAACUAUGACUAAAACUGCCGUUUUUUGUUGUUUUUUUUUAAAAAAGGGUUUUAUUGAAAAUAUUUGAAUAGUUUUAAAUGGACAGUUUGGAAUAAUGAAUACUCUUUGCAUAGCACUCUUGACAGGAGUAAUAAAGCUCAAAAGUGUUCAAGCAGAGCUUCCCAUCAUGCCUAAUGUGAUCUCUGAGCAUUGCUUUGUUGGCCUUUCGUUUCCACGCCAGGCUUCACACUUUGGUAAAGCAGCACGGCUCCUUUGGCGGAAGGACACAGCUCCGACCACAGGGGGCUGCCUCUGUCCAGCCCCAACACCUCCUGUUUGGAAUAGAUUUCCUUUAUCAUUUUAGAGUCACUGCCAAACAUAAAAACAAACACGCAGGCCCACGUUUCUCACCGCUCUGCUGAGGAAGACGAUGUCGGUGGACUCACUGGCCUCAGCUCCUCCUUUCCAAUACAGCGCUUUGACUUCAGCAGAUGACAGCGAACAACUGAGCGACACAAAUGACACUUUUAGGGCCUAGCCACACGGGAACGUAGUAUCAGCCUUUCAGCCACACGGGAACAUAGUAUCAGCCUUUCAGCCACACGGGAACAUAGUAUCAGCCUUUCAGCCACACGGGAACGUAGUAUCAGCCUUUCAGCCACACGGGAACGUAGUAUCAGCCUUUCAGCCACACGGGAACAUAGUAUCAGCCUUUCAGCCACACGGGAACGUAGUAUCAGCCUUUCAGCCACACGGGAACAUAGUAUCAGCCUUUCAGCCACACGGGAACGUAGUAUCAGCCUUUCAGCCACACGGGAACGUAGUAUCAGCCUUUCAGCCACACGGAAACGGCUUCCAGAGGGGGGAAACGCCGGCUUGUGGUUUGCGUGUAGACAAUAGUGGCUUCCAAUGCCAGCACAUCGUGCUCUGAAAUCGAUUCUCAAAUCAAAAAAUCGAUACUUUGGACACUUCAGUCGUUUGAGGUCACGUUUGUCUGUUGAAACGUUGACCCCAUCGUAAGCGGAGUCGUGUGUGAAUUGUGAAUAAAAUUUCCAUCCUUAAAGUAGUAAUCGUUUAUUUUAAUGGUUUUAUGACUUAUUUUCUUUUUUUCUUGUUUAAAAUACUAUUUUCACAUAUUUUAUGUUGUUUUUUCUGUUGUUGUCUGUUAGCUUGGCUAUGCUGUAAAUCACCACGCUACCUCAAUUUACUUCAGGGUUUUAAAGAAAUAAAUACUCAAACUACCUCAUUAGCCCCGAACCUGGGGAGACAGAGCCUUCUCCAUCGCCACCCCCACCCUCUGGAAUUGAUUUGCCCCAACCACUCCGUGCCUGCUCCGACAUUCCCAGCUUCAAAAACCAACUUAAAACCCACUUGUUUAAAGCUGUAUUUAAUGUUUACCUUUUUAUACUUUGCUGCUUUGUUUUGCUUUGUUUCUCGUUCUGUUUGUUAUUUAGCUUUAUGCUGUUUUUAUCUUCCAUUCCAUUGCGUCUUUGAGUACCUUGAAAAGCACGAUACAAAUAAAAUGUAUUAUUUAUUACGUUAUUUAAAUUAAUCUUUGAAUUAUUAUUUGAUUUAACUUCAUUAUUGAAUUGAAUUAUUAGUUUAUUUAAAUUAAUAAUGUAUUUUUAUUCCAAUUAUUUAUUUAAUGAAUGAAAUGUCUUAUAUUCUUUAUGCUAUGAUGUGAAAUACACAACUUUUCAAAACUUACCAGACACAUUAGGUGAAUUUGCAACAUACUGUAUCUGAUCGGUUGA